AUGGCAGAUGUGGUUAAGCGAUUCUUCGUUGUGGGAUUGUGUCUUUUGAUCUUGGGAUCGUUCCAAGUCGUCCUCUGGAUAGCUUAUCCCAAGGUUGGAGGGCUGAAACAUUUGAAGAAAUCCUCUGGAAACGAUCCAGCAUUGAUCCAGGGGCAAAAGACGAUUUUGCUCUACACCUCGUUCUUUAGAUUCGAGAAUUGGGACCUGGAGGAGGGCAAUGGCGCCUUUCAGAAGCUCGAAUGUCAGGUACAAGACUGUUUCCUGACCAAUGAUCGGAGUUUAUUCGAGAACAUUUCCAAGUUUGACAGUGUCCUCUUCCACUUGGGAAAUCUUGAUGAGAUUGAUCAUGAAGAUUUUUAUGCCAAAAGAGCACCCCAUCAAAAGUUUGUGAUGUUCUAUUUGGAGACUCCGUUUUCGCUUCCAUCCAAUUUUUGGGAUGCCAAACUGAAGAAAUUCUUCAAUUGGACCAUGACUUAUCGGACGGACAGUGAUGUGUUCAGUCCUUAUGGUUCUGUCAGACCCAAACAGGAGAUCUUGGACCCGGAGGCUUUACAAAGGCAUUUCGAUCCCGAUAAACUUCCGGCCAAUCUGCGGAUGGCUGCAGAACGUCCGGGUUUGGUUCUUUGGUUCGUGUCCAAUUGUCAUUCCAAUAGCCUUCGUGAAACCUACGUUUUGGAGUUGCAAAAAUUCAUUCAAGUCGACAUUUUUGGAUCUUGUGGAAGGCCAGGAUGUCAGAGAGGCUCAGAUUGUGAUAAAGACGCCUUCAGGAAGUACAAAUUCUACUUGAGCUUUGAAAAUGCGUUGUGUUCUGAUUAUGUCACGGAGAAACUGUUCUCAGCUCUAUCCAAGGACAUUGUCCCAAUUGUCUUGGGAGGUGCAGAUUAUGCUGAGAUUGUUCCACCUCAUUCCGUUAUUAAUGCCAAAGAAUUUCCCAACCCUCAAGAUCUCGCGGACUACCUUUUAGAACUGGAUGACAAUCCGGACAAGUACCUGGAAUACUUCUGGUGGAAGGAUAGUUACUUGGUAUCGCAGUUUAAUAAUUGGAAAACUGGCUUUUGCAACCUGUGCAAAAAACUGAAUGAGCCAACACAAACCCAUCAAGUAAUCACUAAUCCUGUUCAUUGGAUGUACUUUCAAGAACAAGUCGAAGUUUGUCUUCGUCCCGACAAGAUUCCUUGGGCGGCCUUAAAAAUAGGGUCCGAAGAAUACUUCAAAGGGGUCGUUCUGUUGGGCAGCAUCUGUUUUAUUUUGCUUUUUGGUAUUGUCUAUGCACUUUUCAGAAAUGACGUUAAGGCUCUGUUGACGGGGGAUAAAUAUUAAAGCAUAUACUAACAUCAACAAA